AUGGCUACCUCUACCCCUAACAUUCCAACUUCAUUUCCAUCACCAAAUGCUCAAGUUAGUCUCUUCACUGCAUUCAUCUUAUUUCUUCUUCCCAUUGCUCGUUCAGAUUAUUUCCAAGUCACUAACUUUUCUCCGGCUACACCCGGCAUAGUCUAUCAAGGAGAUGCAGUGACGUUGGCUGGAGCUGUAGAGUUCAACUCACUCACUUACCUAUGUCACGUCGGCUGGGCGACAUACGCAGAGAGGGUUCAACUAUGGGACUCCAAAACAGGGAAACUCUCUGACUUCACCACCAAUUUCUCCUUCAUAAUUGACACCCUAGAGUCAUCCACAUACGGCCAUGGGCUCGCUUUCUUCCUAGCUCCGGUUGGUUUCCAAAUCCCCCCUAACUCAGCCGGUGGGUUCCUAGGGCUUUUCAACACAACAACUAGCAAUUCAGCAGAAAACCAAAUGGUGACGGUUGAGUUCGACUCCUACCCGAAUCCUGAGUGGGAUCCUGCAUAUGAGCACAUCGGGAUUAACAACAACUCGAUUGGUUCGGUCAUUACAACUCCAUGGAACGCUAGCUUGUACAGCGGAGAAACGUGUACUGCUUCAAUUACAUACAAUGCAAGUACAAAGAAUUUGAGUGUGUUUUGGUCUUAUGGUGGAAACUCUAGUUCACAAGGCAGUCUUUCUUACAAAAUCGACCUUAUGGAGAUUCUACCGGAGUGGGUCAUGGUUGGAUUUUCGGCUGCGACAGGACAGUAUUUGGAGAAACACACACUUGAAUCAUGGGCGUUUAGCUCAAGUCUCAACACGAAAACUGCGAGAGGGAAGCACACGAACGAUAUCAAAUUGGUAGUUGCUUUAACAGUUUCAAUGGGUGUUUUGAUUUUGGGAGCGGGGAUAUUUAUAGGAUCUGUGAUUGUAAGGAAAAGGAGGCGUGUUCGAAGGAAAAAAACAGAGAAAACCAACUUGACGUCGCUCAAUGAUGAUUUAGAAAGAGGCGCCGGACCAAGGAGGUUUUCCUACGCAGAUCUUGUAUCAGCUACAAGCAACUUCUCGGCCGAAAGAAAGUUGGGUGAAGGAGGAUUUGGGUGCGUUUACAGAGGAUACUUAAUUGAUUUAGACACAGCUGUAGCCGUGAAGAAAAUUUCAAGGAGAUCCAAACAGGGGAAAAAGGAGUACAUAACAGAGGUGAAGAUUAUCAGCCGGUUAAGGCACCGGAAUUUGGUGCAACUCAUCGGUUGGUGCCACGAUAAAGGCGAGUUCCUUCUUGUCUAUGAGUUUAUGCCCAACGGAAGCCUCGACGCUCACCUCUUUGGGAAAAAGAUUCCUCUCACUUGGGCGGUGAGGUACAAAAUAACUCUAGGUUUGGCUUCCGCAUUGCUAUAUCUACACGAAGAGUGGGAGCAAUGCGUGGUGCAUCGGGACAUCAAGUCGAGCAAUAUUAUGCUAGACUCAGGAUUCAAUGUCAAGCUCGGAGACUUUGGGUUAGCCCGACUCAUGGACCACGAGCUCGGACCGCAAACAACUGGCUUAGCAGGAACGUUAGGGUACUUGGCACCCGAAUAUAUAAGGACAGGCAAGGCAAGUAAAGAGGCAGAUGUUUAUAGUUUCGGGGUGGUGGUGUUGGAAAUCGCUAGCGGGAGGAAAUCAAUCCUUCCGACAGACGAAGAAUCGGAAAUAGGGUUGGUGGAGUGGGUUUGGGAUCUCUAUGGAAGAGGGCAAAUUCUUUCCGCCGUUGAUGAGAGACUAAAAUCGAAUUUCGAUCUGAAGGAAGUAGAGUGCUUGAUGAUUGUUGGGUUAUGGUGUGCUUACCCAGACCAUAGCCUUAGGCCAUCAAUAAGGCACGCAAUUCAGGUACUUCAUUUUGAGGCAGCAAUGCCUCAUCUGCCUAUGAAGAUGCCUGUCCCAAUGUAUCAUGUACCUGGUGCAGGAACAUCCAGGACCAGGCCUGAAGAACCGCUGAUACAUUCUGGUGAGGAGAUGAUAAGUUCAAGUAUCGAAAUGGGUCGUUAAAUUUUUUUCAUUUGAUCGACUUUAUGUGCUGAUAACGGUGGCCAAGACACCGCGAAGUAGAUUUUGGCAGUUGUUCUGCUAGUGUGCAAUAGUUAAUAACCUUCAUCACGACUGUGAAUAUGGAAGGGUUCUAUCAGUAGAUCCAUGCUUGCUAAGUUUGUAUUUAAUUGGCUACUCUUGAUUUAGUAUAUCAAUUCAAGGCAUGUAGUAAAGAUGACAAAUUUGACAAUCGGAGCUUUUUUU